AUGGCGAGUAACGGUGUUCCCUUUCAAGUCCCGAUGCUCACAAAGAGCAACUAUGACAAUUGGAGUCUAAGAAUGAUGGCUAUCCUAGGAGCACAUGACGUGUGGGAGAUAGUCGAGAAAAGCUUCAUUGAACCGGAGAAUGAUGGUAGUCUAUCUCAAACUCAAAAGGAUAGUUUGAGAGACUCAAGGAAGAGAGACAAGAAGGCUCUCUGUCUAAUCUAUCAAUGUCUAGAUGAAGAUACAUUCGAGAAGGUCGCGGGAGCAAAGACGACCAAAGAAGCAUGGGAGAAGCUUCGAACUUCUUACAAGGGAGCAGAUCAAGUCAAGAAGGUACAUCUUCAAACUCUAAGAGGAGAAUUUGCGUUGCAAAUGAAGGAAGGUGAACUCGUCUCCGAUUACUUCUCAAGAGUUUUAACGGUUACUAAUAACCUAAAGAGAAAUGGCGAGAAGUUAGAUGAGGUGAGAAUCAUGGAGAAGGUUCUUAGAUCGUUGGAUCCAAAAUUCGAGCAUAUUGUCACUGUCAUUGAAGAAACAAAGGAUUUGGAGGCUAUGACGAUGGAGCAACUUCUUGGGUCGUUACAAGCUUAUGAAGAAAAGAAGAAGAAGGAAGAUAUUGCAGAACAAGUACUCAAGAUGCGGAUUAAUCAAACUAAAGAAGAAAGCGGACGAAGUUAUCAAAGACGAGGUGGCGGUCAAGUCCGAGAACGAGGUCGUGGAUAUGGAAAUGGACGAGGUUGGAGGCCUCAUGAUGACAACACCAACCAAAGAGGAGAAAGCUCAUCAAGAGGUUGUGGGAGAGGAAAUCAAAAACCAAGGUACGAUAAGUCAAGUGUUAAAUGCUAUAAUUGUGGAAAGUUUGGACACUAUGCUUCCGAAUGCAAAGCUCCGAACAAUAAUAGAGUUGAAGAGAAGUCCAAUUAUGUUGACGAAAGAAGCCAAGAAGAUGAUAUGCUAUUGAUGGCUUAUAAGAAAGAUGAACAAGAUGAGGUUCACAAGUGGUACCUCGAUAGCGGUGCAAGCAAUCACAUGUGCGGGAAAAGAAGCAUGUUCGUGGAGCUUGAUGAAUCAGUGAAAGGAAAUGUGGCUUUGGGAGAUGAAUCGAAGAUGGAGGUGAAAGGUAAAGGAAAUAUUCUCAUCUGA